AUGUCUUCUUUGGAGCAACAAGCAACUGAUAGGAAGGCAAGGCUUCUUGCUCUUAAACUCAAGAGGAAGGCACCAGGCGAUUCAGUUCAGGAAGAGCGAGAGGUCAAGAGGUCCAAUACCGAGGCAGAAGCCCACGACAGCAUACCAGAAGACGAAACAGCCACCGAAGAAGUAACUACUGGAUUUAGAAAUUAUGAUCCAGUGAAUAAAGAUGCUGUCUCAGGGUUUACAGCUCCUCCUACUCUCAGGCUGAACGAGCACGAAACUGUGGAGGCCGUCUCUUACAACUUGGAGCGUGAGGUUCUUUCCAAAUUCGAAGAAAGGGCAAAGAAAGGAUUCGAAUCCUUGCUGAGUCGGGAUGAGACUGAUAAGCCACGAAAAGUCUGCCUCGAGGAAGAUCUGAAGAAAGAUCUUGAACCUCAAUUGAGAGUUCUCAAAGCAAGAACAGAUUUAGCCAUAGGCUCUAUGGUGCGAGAAAGAUUACAGAACUUGAAUAAAUCCGCCACGUGA